AUGAACUUCGGUUGCCUUAUCGGGUGGCUUUUUUCAUCUUCUUGCUCACAGGACAGCGGGCUGGGAAGCCAGGGGCCGCAGGGACCUGGGGCUGGAAACCACAUCUGCCCACAGCCGCGGUCUCCUGCACCUGUCAUCCUGGCGGCGCCCUGGCGUCGGAGAAGCAGCAGACGCGGAGCUCCUGCAGCUGACACCGCUGCAGCAACCGGUCCUGGUGCAGGCGUCAGUGGAAGGCGGCCUCCUCGCGCGGCUCCUGCGGCCCCAGGACCAGGGGUGCGGUCAGCACCGCCCUCACGCCCCGCACCUCGUCUACAUUGUCCUCCCUGGAGGCGGCUGGACCUGAGUGAGGCUCGCAGCGAUCGGCCCCCGCAAGGACUGGCAUGCAGGGCUCAGGAUCCCGCACUCUGGCCCUGCGGCACCGCACCUUUCAGCAGCAGCUGGAACUCCUGCAGCAGCGCCUUGGGUGGGAUGCUGGGGCCCGGGAGUCCUGGCAGGCCGAACUUCAGCUUCUUGUCUUGGCCCCUGAUCCUCUUCCUGUUGUUAAACCUUUGUCAAUCUGCCACGAAAAGCAUCCAGGCGUCCUUGAUUUCGGCACUGCGUGCACGCUCAGCCGAGCUCAUCGGACGGGCGGUUCUCCCCAGGGCCCGCUGGCAGCUUGUUCCCGGGGGGCGGCUCCUGGACGCAGCUCUUUGCAGGCCCACCAGGCUCAGGGGAGCCAAGGCCCGCCGCGGCCAACAGGCCUGUGGAGAGUAAGAGUAAGGUGGGCUCUGCAGGGCAGCGGCCCGGAACCAUGAGAGAAGCGCGUCAGUCUGGGCUCCAAGCGCAGCCUCUCGGGAUUCUCCGGACCCACGGCUUAUAAUGCGCUUAAAUCCCACACCUCGCACGAGAGACAGCAAGUCACCGUCACCGCCUACCGCCCCUGACCCGCUCCCACUCUCGCUGCAGCGGAGGGUGUGUGGGGGAGAGAUGGACGCAGGGAGGGAAAAGCGCAGGGAGGGCGAACAUCUUUUCAUAAGCUUUCCCCCUUCUAUAUGCCAUCUCUGAUGGGAGCCUCUUUAGAUCUUUUGUCCAUUUACUAAUUGGGUUGCUUGAAUUCUUAUUGUUGAGUUGUAAGUGGUUUUUAAUGGUCUGGAUGCAAGACAGGUGUUUUACAAAUAUUUUCUUCCUGUCUGUGGCUUGUUUCUCCAUUCUCUUAAUAUUUCCCUUCCCAGAGCAAAAGUUUUAAAUUGUAACGAAGUCACAGAUGUGACUCACAGAUGUGAGCCACCGCACCCAGCCAAAAUUGAUACAUUUAAAAUAUACUAUUUUUAAUAUAAAUGGAAGAUGGAGAAUCACUAUGAGUAUUUCAUUAAUAUUUUGUGGGAAGCCUAAUAAAAAUAAAAUUUCCUGUGAGUAUACCUCACCCCUCCAAAUGUUGAGGCACUUCUCCAAGGAACAGUUCUUUGGCUGAUUUUUGGUGUUUUAUCUUCCACCAGUAGUAAAAUGAAUGACAUGACUUAUGGCCCAAGGCUUUACUCAGAAGCUUGGUGCCUGUUACCAGCGCUGCUGGGAACUCCUGAGGUAGACACAAAGGCCAGGUGUCAGGGAGACUACCCAAGAGCAAAGAGCCGGAGAGGGGAGGCAGGUGCUAUUGGACAAAAUUGCCAUCACUAGGCAGGUGCUGUGAAUACAACAUAGAUCUGAGUCAGAUUCCAUAUGCAGGGUUCGGGGUGAGUGCCUCGGAUCACUGUCUGGCUGGAAUUCUCCAGAAACCUGGUUUAUACAGUGUAAUUGAAACUUGAAGCAGCAACUGAUGCACUUGGGGCAAGGCCGAUUAGAACUAGGUGAUUGGAACACGGUCUGGCUAGGAAGGAAGGGACCAUGCGCAUCAGGGCAGAAACCGCAGGCGGGCAGAUGGCCAUUACAGCCCAGCGGGCUGCCCAUUACUCUCCUCCAGGCCCAGGAGACUAAACACACUUGAGUCGCAACUGCCUCUGGGCGUGGGAACUGUGGUCUUGUUUCCAGUCACCUGUCUCAGCAAGAAGGAGCUUCCGUUGUGCUUGCAGACUUGACCCUACUAGUCCGGGCUGGGGAGUUCUGUGUCUGCCCAUGGCUGGUCAUUAUUGUCUACAAAACCUGCUGUGUGAUCUGUAAGAAUUUUUAUGACUAGCUAGCUCAAGGGCAGGAUGACAUGCCUAUGCUAUUGCUGAGGGAAUAUCUCUAUUUUCAGGUGAAGGUUUUUUCUAAUUUUAUGUUCAGAAUUACAUACAAGAGGCACAGUGGAGGUAUAUAAAUCAAGAUGAAUCCACCAGCAUUCUUUCAAAAUACUGAACCACACUUUCUGGUAGACAUUGGGGUGGAGUGGCUGCAAGCAGAGUGUCUGGGUUGGAACUCUCAUUCCACAGCUUCAUGCUGUGUGAUAGUGAGUAACUCGCUUUUCCUCUCUGUGUCACAGUUUCCUAGUCUCUAAGAACAGAUAAUAGUGACCUACCUUAUAGACUGUUAUGAAGAUUAAAUUAAUUUAUAUAUGUAAAUAAGACUUGGAACAUAGAUUUUCUGUAAAUGUUAGCCAUUGUUAUUGCUCCUAUUGACCUGAAGUAUAAAAACAGAAAUGUGACCCUGGUCCUUGACCUUGGGUGGCAUCACCAGAUAAGCAAUAGUUUAGGGAAAAAUGUUUGUACUGGGUAUUUUCAUUAUUCAAAAUAUUAUUAAUAAUGUGCUAUUAAGAUAAUGUUACAAAAUAAAAAUAUUAAAAAAGAAGCCUAUGGUACAGAA